GGCGCAACAACAUGGACUUCCGGCCAGCUCACACAUCGAGCUCCCCUCCAGCGCGUCAGAAUUGACAGCAGAAGCUACGCAGCCAAGUUUAUAUGAAGUUUUGGCACAGCCAGUAAACACCUACAACCCAACCUGUAGUGUGAAUUUGAGAGAUUUCGGUCAAUAUGGUUUUGCUGACAAUGAUCGCUCGGGUAGCAGAUGGACUGCCGCUUGCUGCAUCGAUGCAAGAAGACGAGCAGUCAGGAAGAGACUUGCAACACUACCAGAGCCAGGCUAAGCAGCUCUGCCGCAAACUCAAUGCCCAGAGCCCCAACAGAUGUACCCUGGAGGCUGGGGUCAUGUCUUUCCACUAUGUAUUAGAACAUGGCGUGUGCUACUUGGCCUUGUGCGAAGCCGUGUUUCCCAAGAAGCUGGUCUUUGGGUACCUGGAAGACCUCCAGACAGAAUUCCAUGAGCAGCAUGGAAAGAAAGUCCCCACAGUCUCCAGGCCGUACUCUUUCAUCGAGUUUGACACGUACAUCCAGAAAACCAAAAAAAACUACAUUGACAGCAGGGCACGGAGGAACCUGGGCAGCAUCAACACAGAACUGCAGGAUGUCCAGCGGAUCAUGGUGGCAAACAUUGAAGAGGUCCUGCAACGAGGAGAGGCCCUAUCAGCUCUCGACACCAAAGCCAGCAAUCUGUCCAGCCUUUCAAAGAAGUACCGCAGCGAUGCCAAGUACCUCAACACCCGAUCCACCUAUGCCAAGAUAGCAGCCGGGGCAGUCUUCUUCAUUACACUUAUUGUCUAUGUGCGUUUCUGGUGGAUCUGAUGCGUAAGGACUGUGAAAGAGGAGAUAGUCUGGGUUCCCUUUGUAACCAAAUAUUAAAACUGUCAAUUGUAAUAUAUUAAUGGUUUCUGUUAACAGCAAAGCUUAAGUUCCUACAUGGGUGCCUUAGGGGGAGGGUGGGACCUUGUACACGGGUGCCUUAGGGGGAGGGUGGGACCUUGUACACGGGUGCCUUAGGGGGAGGGUGGGACCUUGUACACGGGUGCCUUAGGGGGAGGGUGGGACCUUGUACACGGGUGCCUUAGGGGGAGGGUGGGACCUGGUCUGUGUACUGGAUGAGUGGAUGGACUCAUGUCUGUUUCAGCUGUGUGUCAUGUCGAAUAUCUGUAUGGACACAUACUGACCUGUUGUUCCUAAUGUGAGCGAGGUGUAGCUUUCUGUGCAUUCAUAGUGUUUGUAUAAUCCCAUUCGCUGGAGUAUAAAAGGGAUUGAAAAUGUGUUAGCAAUGUUUACAUUACGAGGUGGAGGUUCUUUACCAUGUCUCUGAAGGAAAAUUCUAUAUGCAAAUGGUCUUAAGUGUGAAACAACUUGUUACCGUGAGUUUAUUGUUUACAAAACAUACAUAAUUGUAAGUAAUUAUUUGUUCAAAGGUAUAUUUACUAUCUUCUCAAUGUUUAUCAGAAUAAAAAAAUUGGAACACUA